UCAAGGCGGAAACUCGGGCAUCUGUCUGGAGCUCCGACUGUCCGACUCGAAGUUAGUGUUAGUUAGUGUGCGUGACCACUGAGCUAUAGGUGUGGCCAACUUGCAAAGAUACCACGUGACUGAGGACGGUCCACGUACUUCCUGUAUUGAAAUUAGGUUGGACGACCAACGUAUAACACCGAUUCAACACUGCUCUCGGAUUACUUUGUCAAAUUCUGUAACAGAACCCUUUGUCUGCGGCAGCAAUAGUGUAAUAUUAGCUGUUUGCGAUGUCCGCAUGUGUAUCGAAUUAAACGCCUAACAAGCGUUUUCAUAUUCAGAAAUGUGGUCAUUACGAUCCCGCUUGGCCAGCCUGUCACGCCGGGGGCAUUCUUCCCAUUCCAACCCCCCUGUGAAAAUGUCUUGCUAGCCAGCUAGUAGCUAUCUACACCCCAGUUUGUAGUUGUGCGUUGUAAUGUUUAGUAUUGUAUCCAUCUCUUCACUACUAUGGCUGUACGUUGGUUAUGCAGCCUGUUUGGGAAGCCCUUUAAUGGUGGGAAGAGAAUGGACCAUGGCAGCCAGCAGCAGCACCCAGCCAUGAAUAGGCUCUAUGAGGUCCAGCGGGAGGUUCAGUCUCUGGGCCCUCAAGUGUGCACCUUCAGCGGGCUAAAGAACGAGCGGGAGUACCGGCGCCUGGAGCGCGAGCUGACCCAGUUGCUCCUGGAAGUGGACCAGGUGGACACGGAGGGCAGGGCAGACCUACAGGGGGCACGCAAGAGAGCAGCCCAGGAAGUAGAGGGGCUGUUGCGCUACCUAGAGGAGAACGCCACCCACCCGUCUCGCCUGGCCAUCGAGGAGCUGAGCCGGGAGGCCCAGAGGCUGGUGGAGCAGGGGGUGGUGGAGCCUCAGCAGGCUGGGGGCACAGCAGAGAUCAGUGAUGAGCUGGUGGAUGCUGUGCAGGAGCUGAUACUGAGGCUCACCCAGGUGAAGACAGGAGGGAGGGUGCCCCUCCGCAAGGCUCGCUACCGGGCCCUGACACGACUGUGUGCCGUGCAGGACGUGAUCGAGGGUCGCACGCGCCAGCAGACCCUUCCCCUGUCAGAAGACACGCACGUGGCCGUGCAGAGGAUCAACCAGGUGAUGGUGCAGGUGAGUGUUGCGCGCAGCCAGCUGGUGGCACUGCUGAUGGGGCUGAGUGGGAGGGAUAGCUGUGCCCACCUCUCCCGCGUGCUCACUGAGCUCCUAGUGGAGCUGGAUGCCCUGGACGUGUCGGGUAACGCAGCGGUCAGAAACUACCGCAAACAGGUGGUGGAGGAGAUCAACAGCCUGCUCAAACACCUGGACCUGGAGGGAGAGGGAGACGAUACGCGCAGGUAUGACUUGGGGCAGAAUGACUCUAUCCGUCAGAUUGAGGCGGUGCGUGGUCGGGUGGGCCAGCUGCAGGGGGAGGUCCUGCGACACUGUGGGGUGGGCGACCUCUUCAGGCCGAAGCCUGAGCUCCAGAGUCUCCUCACACAUCUGGACCAGGUAGACACAGCCCGUAACCCCUGUAUCCGUGAAGCCCGGCGGCGUGCCGUGCUGGAGGUCCAGGCUGUCAUCACCUUCCUGGACCUCCGUGAGGCCCUGAUCUGCCGCCAGCCCAGCCCCAACGAGCCCUCACAACACAGGGCUGUGUGGAUAGUCCUGGGCAGCCUGUCAGACCUCCAGGCCCAGGUACUCUGCUUCAAUGGCAAGCAUGCCGACAAGAGCUACAUGCUGCUGGAGGAGCUUCUGACCAAACAGCUGCUGGCACUGGACGCGGUCGACCCACAGGGCGACGAGAUGACCAAGGUGGCCCGCAAGCAAGCAGUCAAGUUUGCCCAGAACAUCCUCAGCUUUCUGGACAUGAAGACAGAUGAGUGGGAAUACUGAUCCACUGGAAAAGACUGGACAUAGCUGUAGGAUGCCCUAUGGAAUUGUAUAUAAACUGGUGCAUCAUCGCUCUAAGAGAGUUGGGGUGUGUAAAUAUUGUCUAAAUCCCAGAAUGCACGUCAGCAGCGCUUUUGUCUCUUUGUCAUUGUUGCUGGUCUGUAGGGGGGGGUGGACAACCCAAUAACAUUUUUGUGAAAUAGAAUUUGGAGAAUAGUGUUCCGACAUACAAUGUGCUUUUUAAAGUUUACAGAGCAUCUUUUUGAAAUCUACUGUAUGUGUGUGCGUUUUGAUCAGUGUUGUUGGGUUGUGGUUGCAAAGCCUGCGGCCAAAAGCACUGAAGCCUGUUAUAGUGGUGGUCAGAGUAGUUAAGAUAGUCACUUCGUCUGUUUUUCAAAAGCAGGAGUUGGACUAGAGUAAUUACAUCUUGAUGGUAUCCAUGUUUAGCUUGAUUACUUUGGAGGUCAGUUGUAAAUUUACUCAGAUGUACAUGAUGUCUCAAAAUACUUCUUUACUGAGAUGAACCGAGUUUACAUCAGUACUGUGAGACAAGAUCUUCCUCUGUUCAUGUUGCUUCUCCACUUCCAUUUGCUCUGUCUCUCUUCCUCAAUCAACACUUCUGGGGCAAACUACCCUAACCCUGGACAUACACAGCUGUUGCUGGCAACCAUUCAGAUGACAAAUGAAAAGGAGAGCUUCUUUACGGCUUUAACCACUGUCCUACAAUAAUGAGGAGAAGGAGGAUGUAGAGUUAAAGGGCCUGUGAGAACAUUUGUCAAUAGGAGGGUAUGUUAUUAAAGGCCUCCUUGUAUAGAAUGAACAUUUGUGGACACGAUAAUUGCCCUGUUUGUCUGUAAUUUGUAGCUAAAUGUUGAUUGUGUGUUUGCGAGGCUAGUGAAGGGGAAAAACAGUGUGGAGGUGGUUUAGGUUUCAUUUUUGUCUGUGGCUUUCUAUUGUCAGAGGAAUGUGUCUGAGAGCCCCGUAGAGGGUCACUGAUUUGGUGUGGCGUGUAUUAUUAUAGCUGGUGACAAGUGUUCACAGUGGACAGAGCAGUCUAAAACCUCUGCAGAGUUGCAGCAGAGUUAGGAAGCUAUUAGUUAAAAAGCCCAAAUCUCUGUGCCUUUCUUUUCAUCAUAUUUUUCACCAUCCCGAACACUUACGCUCUGAGAUGUGCACUUUUUACUGAUUCUCAGCGCUGCAACUGACAGCUCUUUGUAAACUGACCAUGGCAUGUCUGUCAGAUAGCCCUAUGCACUAACAAAGCUUGAACAGAUAGCUCCCACAGAACUCACACUCUCAAAAUGACAGAGGUUAUUCAAACCUUCUCUGCUGCUAUAGAAAAACAUACGGCACACAAACAGUGAAAUCCAGCUUCACACUCAUGGGUCGUCUGAAGUGAGAUGAUUCGAUUACACUGUGUUCAGUGCGGCCCACAUGCAAUGGAGGGGUGUUCACACAGCAAACUUAAUGCUCUGUCAAACUAACCAAUAGAAAAUAAGGUUCCAUUCUGUCAAUUUUUGUUGAUUUGAAGUAACAUUCUUUGCCAAUAACCAUAGACAAUCUCAUUCCUUCCUAGGCAUAUACAGUGCAUUCGGAAAGUAUUCAGACUUUUUCAGCCUUAUUCUAAAAAGGAUUAAAUUGUUUUUUUCAUCGUCAAUCUACACACAA